ACUGAGCUCACAGUCAGAAACGCACGCGUCGGUGUGCUUCAACCGAAAAUAAUUUAAUUGAUUUUUAAUAUCGGGGCAUAAGUGGUUCACGCUUUUGUUUAUUAAAACGAAGAACUUCUAAAUCGAGAGCAGAGUGUUUACAUUACGGCGCACUGUUUAAACGUCUGCGGUGUAUAGACCACAAUUCGUUAAUGUGAAUGAUAUCGAGAUUAUUGAAUAUCGUAGAGUUAUUGAAGAUAUUCAAGUGUCGGUGAAUUGGAGCAGUGAAAAAAAAAAUGGGUCGAAAUUGGAACUGGCAUUGUAGAUGCUGUCGUGGAGGAAAUGUCGAUUCUUACGAUCUAAGGGAAUUGCCUCGACCACCUAGACUGGAUACUACAAAUGAUGUCAUUGACGGGACGAGACACGGUGUUCUUGCAGUGCAAGGAAUCGACUUUUGUAUUGAAACAAAUGGCGAGUAUCAUCAUACGAGUAAAUUUAACCUCAUGACGAAAGAUGUCGACAAGUGUCUUGUAGUCAGACGAGGUCAAGCCUUUAAACUCGAUAUCCUCUUCAACAGACCAUACGAUGCCCAGAGAGAUGCUAUUUCAUUGAUCUUUUAUGUGUCAGAUGUCGAGAAGCGUGGGCCGUCCGAUGAUACAUCGGUGGCUGUUCCAUUGUUGGAAAAGGGAACUGAAUCAUUCGGGCCAUGGAAUGCUGUGUAUGAAGGUCAAAUGGAUUCCCACCUGAUUGUGGCCGUGACACCAUCGCCUAGCUGCAUUGUUGCCGCUUGGCGCCUCGAUAUUGACACAAAGUUGAACGGAACCAGGUCCUUGAGCUAUACGCACCCACUGCCGAUCUACGUGUUAUUUAAUCCGUGGUGCUUAAAUGAUACCGUAUACAUGCCAGGUCAAAGUCAUCGUGAAGAAUAUGUAGAAGAAGAGAGUGGCCUCAUGUUCCGAGGCGUUUAUAAUCGCGUGAAGCCCGCUCCAUGGAAGUACGCCCAAUACGAAAAAGACAUAUUAGAAUGUGCUUUAUAUAUAGUCAGAACCAUUAGUAAGCUCAAAGGACGCGCACGAAGCGAUCCCAUUAUAACAGUGCGAGCACUGUCAGCUGCAAUCAAUGAACAAGACGAUAAUGGAGUAUUGGCUGGUAACUGGGCUAAGGAUCUUAGUGACUAUAGUGGUGGUACUCAUCCCCUGGAUUGGGUUGGCUCAUUACAAAUAAUCCAAAAGUAUUAUGAGAAGAAAAAACCUGUGAAAUACGCCCAAUGUUGGGUUUACGCGGGAGUUAUGACAACCAUUUGCAGAGCUUUAGGUAUACCCUGCAGACCAGUAUCUGCCUUCAACGCCGCUCAUGAUAGCGAAGGCAGCUUAACAAUCGAUAUCAUAAAGGAUGAAGAUGGAAAUACUUUGAAUGAAUAUACCAAUGAUUCCAUCUGGAAUUACCACGUGUGGAACGAGGUGUGGAUGGAGCGGCCGGACUUGGGCCCAGAAUACGGUGGGUGGCAGGCGAUAGACUCCACUCCUCAGGAGCUAUCUGAAAAGGUCUACCAGUGUGGCCCAGCUUCUCUCAGGGCCGUACGCGACGGAGAACUACAAAGACCAUACGACACUGGAUACGUGUUCGCAGAAGUUAAUGCAGAUCAGGUGUUAUGGAAAUUUUCAGGCGAAAUUCAACCGUUGAAGUUUAUGGAUCGUGAUACCACAUAUAUAGGUCAACAGAUCUCUACUAAAGCAAUUGGAAAGAUGGAAAGAGAGGAUAUAACUGACACAUAUAAAUAUCCCGAAAGGACGAAGGAGGAGCGUCUAACUAUGGAGAAGGCUUUACGUAAAUCUGGAAGUAUUUUUGCAAGAUACUACUUGAAUGACGUGUUUAACGACGUCUAUUUCGAAUUCGAGCUAAGAGAUGAUAUCAAAAUUGGACAAGACUUUACAGUCGUUUUGCACAUAAAGAAUCGCUCGGCUAUUAACCAACACCAGGUAAAAGGCGUACUCCGAGUGGAUACCGUCACGUAUAGGGGUAAAACCGGGGACUCAGUGAAGAGGGAUGAGUUUGAUCUUGUAUUGCAACCCGAAGCUAAGGAAAAAAUCAAUAUGCUAGUUACUUUCGAUGAAUAUUACAAAAGAUUAGUUGAUCAGGCUUCAUUCAACAUAGCAUGUUUGGCUACAAUUGUCGAUAGGAACUUUGAUUAUUUUGCACAAGACGACUUCCGAGUACGAAACCCUGAUAUAAAAAUAUCGAUCGACGGUAAACCUGUAUCAAUACAGGAAUUUACAGUGAAUAUUAAAGUGGAAAAUCCUCUGCCUAUACCAUUAAGGAAUGGAAAAUUCUUGAUACAAGGACCAGGGCUUGAAGAGCAGCUUAAGAUUAAGCUCAGUGAGAACGUACCUCCAGGUGAAUUCGCAACAGCACAAUUUAAACUCACGCCACCAUGGGCGGGUCGGCAUCAAAUAUCUGCUAAAUUUACAUCUAAGGAAAUGCGAGACGUUGACGGUUUUCUGUCUUUCAAUGUAGUAUUACCAGAAAAUUACGGGAAUUCUUCAAAUACAGAUAUUGUUUCAAGAGAGAUCUAGAAGCAGAGGGAAAAUUUGAAUGGACCUUAGGAACGUAUGAUAAAUCAUUUCCUAUGCAGGUCAAUGAUAUGGAAGUGAUGAUUUUCUCGUCUGAUUUAUAAAAUGUAUCAUAGAUAUCAAAUGACUUAAAGAGUUAUUUAAAAAACAAAAACACAACAUUUAAAGUAUUAAACCGAUUUUACUGGUAUAUUACCGAUUUUAUAUUAUUAUUCUAUUGCGCCUACGACUUUUGUAAGGGCUCAUAUUAUGUGGACAUUAGUAGUUUUACAACAGGCGCUCUAAUAUACUCGUAUUACUAACGAUAAAAUACAAAUUGACCUAAUAAGUAUUACAGAUUAUUACAUAUAUUUUUAGGUACAUUGAGUUUAAAUAUUUGAUUUAUAUAUCCUCACCUAUAUGCGUUAAAAAUAAUCAUGAACGUGCUGCAGUCACGAGCAUUAUGUACGUUGAAGUAUCAUUCAGUCUCCGGUAUUGUAAUAAAUUUUUAUUAUUGUAGUGUACAUAUUGUUUAUUAUUUACACACAAUUUAAACAGUAAACAGUAACAGUAGUAGUAGUAGUGUUAACUAAUUUUAUUUUUUAUAAUAAUAUUAUUUAUUUUUUACCUAGCCUACCUACUUAUUAUUGCCAAAUCCUUAAAAUAAUUUAUGUUAAGAUAUAUAAUGUCAGCUUUAACUUACUUUAGGAAAUGUUAUAAUAAACAUUUGCAAUAU